ACUAAAGAUGGGGGAGCAAGGUGGUUGGCUGGAGGCUAACAGAGGAGACUGGGCGGCCAUCUUGGAUUCCCAGAACCAGACUUCUGUAGCCAAGCGCCAAGGGGACAACAUCACUGAGCAGGCCAGGACCAGAGGCGACAUAGUGGAGGUCAGUGGAUGGGACAGCGUCCUCAACUCUGGGCUGGGGAACAACACUGUUAACCAGAAACAGACAGUGGAACAAAAAACAACAACCGAUCUUAGUCUCCAUGACAACAGACUGGCUGUGACCAGGGCGAGGCGUAUAUUUGGUCUGCGGGAACGGGGAGGUGUCCGUAUGCGGCGGGAGAGAACAGUCACAGACUUGGUUAGCGAUGCUCCGUCCUGCUCCUAUAGUUGUGAAUCAGAGAUGCCUCAGGUUAACCCCCUAACAGGUGCUGCCUUCAGCCUGCCUUCUUUAGGAUAUAUCAACGGGAACAUGGAUCCUGUGACAACACAGACACUCCCUGGCCUUCGUCCUCCUCACACUCUCCUUAUGUUAAACCAGACCUCAGACAAUGCCAGUGCCUCAACACUAAAUGGCUACACAAGCCCAUUGACAAAUGACAGUAGUAGUAAUGCUAUCAGGAGAUCCGGUGGCAAAGAGAAGCGUUUCCCGUGUUCGUUCUGUGGGAAAGUCUUUAGUUUCCCUAAACAGGUGGAGAUCCACCAGAGGAUGCACACGGGGGAGAAACCGUUCGGCUGCCAACUGUGUGAGAAGAGGUUCUCCCACCAGCACCACCUGAAGAGGCACCAGAGGAGGGUCCACACAGGGGUGAAACCCUUCAGCUGUACCCAGUGUCCCAUGCGCUUCGCCCAGGCUUGCACCCUGAAGAGGCACCAGAGGGUCCACACAGGGGAGAAACCCUUCAGCUGUACCCAGUGUCACAUGCGCUUUGCCCAGGCUGGUGACCUGAAGAGGCACCAGAGGGUCCACACGGGAGAGAGGCCUUUUGCCUGUACGCACUGCGGGAAGAGGUUCUCAGAGAAGAGCUACCUCAGGUUACACCAACAGCAAAAACACACCACUCUAUAACAUAUCAAACACUUUUAUAUCAAAAGGAAAAUAUUCAUUUUCGUUGUCAGCACAAAAUAUCCACAGAUGCAUUUGGAUAUUCCUGGGUAGAAUAUUGCAUCCAGACAUUGUGACUUAUUUUUCAGCGAGUCAGUUACACACAUUUAUGACAGACACACUAGAAUGGCUUUCAAAGAGGUGAAAAUCUGAGACAAGGUUUGAAUAAUGCUGUCUAUCAAUAAUUCCCAACCAAAUUGAAUGAGCUUGAGCAAUUAUGACAAAAACAAUGCAUAUAUGUUGCCCUAAGAGUUGUGCAAAGUUGGUAGAAUCUUAUUCCAAAUGAUUCACAGCUGUACUGGCUGCCAAAGGCACUACCACCACAUACUAAUUUUUUUGUGUGAUAACUUUAUAUAACUUUCUUUCACUUGAAAAUGUAGAGUAGGCUGUGUAGAUCUGUAGGAAAUAAUCUAAUUGAAUCAUUUUUUAGAUUAAAUUUUAAGGCAGCAAAAUGUGAAGAAAGUUCAAGGGGGUGUAGACUUUCUUUUUUGUAAGCCUAAAAAGUCUGUUACAUAUUGUGUUUGUACUGUGUAGGCUAUAAUGAUGUUCACAAAUGCCUGUUUCAUUACUUCCAUUCAAUUACAAAAAAAAAUCCCCCAAGACACCUUUUAUUUAGAAAAUGAAUGCAGUUUAUCAUGCAGAUUUGUAGUCAAGACGUGUAUGUGUGGUUUUCAUAUGGUCUAUUUAAAACUUGUUUGUUGAAUAAACACAAA